UUGCCUGAUGAUAAAAAGAAAUUGGUCAGAAAAAAGAAACCAAAACAAACUGAACCUGAAAAACCAAUUGAGGAAAAAGAUGAUAUGCCUGGUCGUGAUGAGAUCAGUGAUGAACAACCAACCGACGACAAACCAAUUGAAGAAAAGCCAAUAUUAGACGAGCAACAACUUCAAAAAAAACAAAAGAAAAAAUCGGUGCGUAUCAAAUCCACCCCCGAAAUAAUAAAUGAAAAAGAUUUAGGAAAAUCUCCAGUGGAAACAAUUUUAGAUGAAUUAAAAGAUUCGGAAAAACUAGAUGAAACUACUGAUAAACAAAUCGAAACACUAGUUCAGCCACAAUCUGAAGAAGAAAAACCUAGAAAACCAAAAAAAUUGAAACACAAAAAACCUACUGAGGAUGAAGAAAAAGCAAUCACUGAAGAAAUGAUUGCCUUGAAACCAACAGAUGAAAUUUUGGAAGAAAAAGCUCCAGAAGAUGAAAUUCAACCUGACAUUGAAUCCGAAGUUGGAGUUGAAACAAAGAAGAAAUUGGUUAAAAAAUUAACGAAACCAAAAGAACCAACAGCUGAUUUACAGGAAGAACCUGAACAAAAAGAAAUUACAGAAGAAACGACAGUCAUUGUGACUGAGGAAAUCAUCGAAAUUCCUGAUGAAGAUUUUGAAAAACCCGAAGAUGAAACGAAACAAGAUGAAGAAAAGCCAAAAAAGAAGAAAAAAGUAAAGAAACAAAUAACAGAACAAGUUAUUGAAGUGAUCGAAAUUUAUGAAGUUAUUGAUUCGAUUCCAACAGUUGAAAUAAUCGAAGGCAAGAAGAAAAAGGUGCACAAAAUCAAGAAAAUCAAAAAGCCUGAAGACCAACAACCGAUCGAGUACAAAGAAGAACCAGAUGAUCAAAUCAUACUCGAUCAAUAUGACAAACCAGAAAAAGUCAUCCGAAAAGUUAAAAAAGAUAAAAUACCAAAAGAGAAGCCAGAUGAAGAAGUUAUACCAGAACAGCCCAGUGAAAGUGAAACAACGGAAAUCAUUGAAACUGUUCAAGAAAUCGACACACCAGAAGGUAAAAAGAAAGUUGUCAAAAAAGUGAAAAAGACAAAGAAAACUGAUGAAACCACUCCAAUUACUGAUAAAAUUGAACUCGUUGAAGAAGAUAAACCAGAAGAAAUCACGGAAUCAAUAGAGGAGAUUGAAACACCAGAAGGUAAAAAGACUGUAAUCAAAAAGGUGAAGAAAUCUAAAAUCAAAGUUGAAGAAGAAGAAGAAAUGAAACCAGAAGAAAAAACAAAGGCGAAAAAGCCAAAAACAAUAAAACCCAAAAAACCUACUGAGGAUGAUGAAAAAGAAACCACUGAAAAAAUGAUUGCCUUGAAACCAACCGAUGAAAUUCUCGAGGAACAAGCUCCUGAAGAAGAGAUACAACCUGAUAUUGAAUCCGAAGUUGGCGUUGAAACCAAGAAAAAAUUGGUGAAAAAAUUGACUAAACCAAAAGAACAAAAAUUUGAAUUGCAAGAAGUCGAUGAAAAAGAAAUAACCGAAGAAACAACAGUCACUGUCACCGAGGAAAUCAUCGAACUACCAGAUGAAGAAGAAGAAAAACCAGAAGACGAAACAAAACCAGUAGAAGAUAAACCGAAAAAGAAAAAAGUCAUCAGACGAAAAUCUAAACCAGAUGUGAUGGAAGAAGAGAAACUAGAAAAACCUUCAGAAAUGGCAGAGGAAGAAAAAGUUGUGGAUAAAUUGAAAGAUGAAAAAAGACCAACGAAGAAAACCAAAAAAGAUAAGAAACCUGAAGAUGAAACAGAAGAAUUACAGCCUGAAGUUGAAACUAAAGAAAUCGAUGAAACCGAAACAUUUGAAAAAGCUUCACCUGAAGAAACGACCGAAGAACCUGGUGAAAUUGAAAAAACCGAAUUGGUUGACAUUGAAAUCACUAGUGAAGAAAUAACUAAAGAGAAAAAGAAAGGCUUCAAAAAAAUAAAACCAAAACGACAAGAUGAUAUUGUGAAAGGUGAAACUAAAACUGGAGAUGAAGUUGUCGAAGAGGAAGAUAAACCUGAAAAAGAAGAGGAGAAUGUAAUUGAAGGAAAAGACGAACCUAUAAAACCUGAAGACGAAACCAAGCCUGAAAUUGAUGAACAAUUGGUAGAAGAAAAACCAAAGAAAACAAAGAAAUUGAAACCUAAAAAACCAACGGAAAAACCAGAAGAUGAGGAUAAAGUCAUCACUGAAGAAGUGAUUGCCUUGAAAUCAACCGAUGAAAUUCUUGAGGAACAAGCUCCUGAAGAAGAGAUACAACCUGAUAUUGAAUCAGAAGUUGGCGUUGAAACCAAGAAAAAAUUGGUUAAAAAAUUGACUAAGCCAAAAGAACCAUCAGCUGAUUUACAUGAAGCUGAUGAAAAAGAAAUAACCGAAGAAACUACAGUCAUUGUGACUGAAGAAAUCAUCGAAUUACCAGAUGAAGAAGUCGAAAAACCAGAAGAUGAAACGAAAACCGAUGAAGAUAAACCAAAAAAGAAGAAAAAAGUAAAGAAACAAAUCACAGAACAAGUGAUUGAAGUGAUCGAAAUCUAUGAAGUAGUUGAAUCAAUUCCAGCAAUUGAACAAGUUGAUGGCCAAAAGAAAAAGGUUCAUAAAAUCAAGAAAAUUAAAACCAGAAGCCAUUGAACCGAUUGAAUAUAAAGAAGAACCAGAAGAUCAAAUCAUACUCGAUCAGUAUGACAAACC